ACUUAAGGACUGGACUCAUAGCCCUGGCUACUUUUGUUGUUGUCAACUCCUUGCAGUCGCCCCAGUCCACAGAACAGCCUCUGCGCCCUCGUUAUAAACUGUUCACUUAUUACACCGCCGAAUUGGUUCGUGUCAACCUCCAACAUGACAUCGCCGACACAUCCCAAUGUCGACCUGGUGCCGGGUACCGAGAUCAUGAAUUCAGAUGGCCGAGAGAAGAAGGCGUUGAUUCCUACGCCUUCAAACGAUCCCCGUGAUCCCUUGAACUGGUCAAAGAAAUGGAAACUCAUGGUAAUGGCAAGUCAAUGGCUCUUCACGUGGAUCUCAGUCACGGGAGCUUUGUCAAUCGCACCAAUGUUCCCACUCCUUGGCCAGGAGUUCCAUCUCAACAACUCCCAGCUUGCAUUUCUGACCGGCAUCACGGUCAUCACGCUCGGAGUCGCUGGAUUUAUCAUUGUUCCCCUAAGUAAUAUCUUCGGCCGUCGCGCAGUCAGCUUGACCUUCGCUGUUUUGAUCAUGCUCACCUGCAUUUGGCAGGCCCUUGCCACUUCUCACCGAAGUCUUCUCGCAGCUCGAGCACUGAAUGGUGUCGUCUGCGCGACAAGCGAAACUAUCCCGGUGCAGAUGAUCGCCGACGUAUUCUUCCUCUAUGAGCGUGGUGCCUGGACUGGCGUGUACUUCACCGGUUACUUCCUCGGCGCGUUCCUCGGCCCAGUCAUGAGCGGAUCGAUCGCCGCUCACCAUGGCUGGAAAUCCUUUUUCUGGCUCGAGACCGGCUUGUCUGCAUUUGCGAUCAUCUUGAUCUUCUUCACGUUCCCAGAGACGAAGUAUCACCGCGACAACACGAAGGGCUACACUGGCGCGACGACUCCAGAAUCAAAUCAAAGUCAAGCUGCUAUCACAGAAGAUGGCAGUGGUCAAAGCUCUCCAGACCCCCGCUGGAAGAUGUUCGUUGUGCGCGACACCUGGACACCUGUUAAGGUCUUCUUCAAUCCCAUCAUUCUCUGGGCCGGUCUUAUGCUUGCUGGACCUGCAGAUCUCGUCCUCUUCUUUAACAUCACCGAGUCGGUUAUGUUUGCUGCUCCGCCCUACCUAUUCAGUCCACAGAACGUUGGAUACACAAACUUUGCAUUCGUCAUCGGUGCCCUGCUGGGUCUCGCGUCUGCAGGUCCCUUCUCUGACUGGGUUGCCGCACGGGCUACUCGCAAGAACAACGGGAUUCGGGAGCCCGAGAUGCGUCUGCCGGCACUGUGGUUUUUUAUGUUCAUCACCAUACUGUCACUCAUCCUCGGGGGUAUCGGAUACCAGCGACACUGGGGGUGGGAGCAUAUUGUAGUCUGGGGGUACGGCUUCGCUGGCUUCAGCGUUACGACUGUUCCCACAAUAUCGAUCACCUACGCUAUCGAUUGCUACAAGCCUAUCUCCGGUGAGAUCAUGGUGGUGGCCACCGUGUUCAAGAACUUCAUCGCCUUCUCGUACAGCUACUGGAUCUUCGACUUGGCGCAUAGUAGCAAGGACGGCUGGAUCACAACCGCUAUGGUCAUCUUUGCGUGCACAGUUGGCCCUGCGUUGUUUGCGUUCCCGCUUUACUAUGGUUUGGGCAAGAAGAUUCGGACGUGGACGAGGAAUUCUGACGUGCAUCGCAUGGAGCAGGUCAUCUAA